GGCGGAGCGGCGCGGGCCAUGGUGCCGUUCGCGCCGCUGGACGACGCGGAGGAGCCGGCGCCGUGCCACAAAAUGGAGCUGUACGUGAGCGGCGGCGAGCUGAAUGGCCUUAAAAUGGCAGAUGAGCCUAUGGAAGAAGGCGAACCAUAUUCCUACCAUGAUGAGGGAAGUGUGAAAGAAAUUCCCAUUACCCAUCAUGUGAAAGAAGGAUGUGAGAAAGCAGAUCCAGCACAGUUUGAAUUACUUAAGGUUCUUGGUCAGGGAUCCUUUGGAAAGGUCUUCCUCGUAAGGAAAAUAAUUGGUCCUGAUGCUGGGCAGCUUUAUGCAAUGAAAGUUUUGAAAAAAGCAUCUUUAAAAGUUCGAGAUAGAGUUCGUACAAAAAUGGAGAGAGAUAUAUUAGUAGAAGUUAAUCAUCCCUUUAUCGUCAAACUGCACUAUGCCUUUCAGACUGAAGGGAAGCUAUAUUUAAUAUUGGAUUUUCUCAGGGGAGGAGAUGUAUUCACACGAUUAUCCAAAGAGGUUAUGUUUACAGAGGAAGAUGUGAAAUUCUACCUCGCAGAACUGGCCCUUGCUUUGGAUCAUCUUCACAGCUUGGGAAUUGUAUACAGGGACCUGAAGCCAGAAAACAUUUUGCUUGAUGAAGCAGGACAUAUCAAGUUAACAGACUUUGGACUCAGCAAAGAAUCAGUAGACCAAGAAAAGAAGGCCUAUUCGUUCUGUGGUACGGUAGAAUACAUGGCACCUGAAGUGGUAAACAGGCGAGGCCACAACCAGAGUGCAGACUGGUGGUCCUUUGGCGUGCUCAUGUUUGAAAUGCUUACUGGUACGCUACCAUUUCAAGGUAAAGAUCGAAAUGAAACUAUGAAUAUGAUACUGAAAGCAAAACUGGGAAUGCCUCAGUUCCUCAGCCCGGAGGCACAAAGUCUUCUGAGGAUGCUGUUUAAAAGGAACCCAUCAAAUAGAUUAGGAGCUGGUUCAGAUGGAGUUGAAGAAAUCAAGAGACAUCCUUUUUUUUCUACUGUUGACUGGAAUAAACUAUUCAGAAGAGAAAUUCAACCUCCRUUUAAACCUGCUUCUGGAAAACCAGAAGAUACUUUUUGUUUUGAUCCAGAAUUCACAGCAAAAACACCAAAAGAUUCUCCAGGAGUCCCACCCAGUGCAAAUGCACAUCAGCUCUUCAAAGGAUUUAGUUUUGUUGCAACUACGACAGUAGAAGAUCAUAAAAUGUCACCACUCACCAAUAUACUGCCAAUAGUCCAGCAACUUCAUGGAAACAGUGCCCAGUUUACUGAUGUCUAUGAACUGAAGGAAGAUAUUGGUGUUGGUUCCUACUCUGUCUGCAAGCGAUGUAUACACAUAGCUACAAAUAUGGAGUUUGCUGUAAAGAUAAUUGAUAAAAGUAAGAGGGAUCCCUCAGAAGAAAUCGAGAUUUUGAUGCGCUAUGGACAGCAUCCAAAUAUCAUUACUUUGAAAGAUGUGUACGACGAUGGUAGAUUCAUAUACCUUGUCACUGAGCUGAUGAAAGGAGGAGAGCUGCUCGAUCGAAUUCUCAGGCAGAAGUUCUUCUCGGAGCGAGAGGCUAGUGCUGUGUUAUUUACUAUAGCCAAGACUGUGGACUACCUGCACUGCCAAGGAGUAGUGCAUCGGGACCUUAAACCUAGUAAUAUUUUAUAUACUGAUGAUUCAAAUAAUGCUGAUUCUAUCAGGAUUUGUGAUUUUGGGUUUGCAAAACAACUUCGAGGAGAAAAUGGACUUCUUCUGACUCCUUGCUACACUGCGAACUUCGUGGCGCCAGAGGUUCUCAUGCGACAGGGAUAUGAUGCUGCUUGUGACAUAUGGAGCUUGGGUGUUCUUCUUUACACAAUGUUGGCAGGCUAUACUCCAUUUGCCAAUGGUCCUAAUGAUACUCCUGAGGAGAUUCUGGUACGGAUAGGCAGUGGAAAAUUCUCUUUAAGUGGAGGCAACUGGGAUACCGUUUCAGAUGCAGCAAAGGACUUGUUAUCACACAUGCUUCACGUAGAUCCUCAUCAGAGGUACACAGCAGAGCAAGUACUCAAACAUUCAUGGAUAGCCUGUAGGGAUCAGCUGCCACAUUAUCAGCUCAACAGGCAAGAUGCCCCACAUUUAGUAAAGGGAGCCAUGGCUGCCACGUAUUCUGCACUGAAUCACAAGACAUUUCAACCAGUGUUAGAGCCUGUUGCAGCCUCGAGUUUAGCUCAGCGACGGAGCAUGAAAAAACUAACAUCAACAGACUUAUAGACCCACUGGGACACCUUAGCCAACGGGAGCAAGGGAAAAAUCCAAUAAGUGGCUCUAUUUUGCCUGACCUGUGAUCAAAAGGCAUCUACGGUUUCCUGCUACACUACUUGAAUUCUGUAAAAGUCCUUUUUUUAAAAAAGAAAAAAAAAAAUCCACAGGUUCAUACUGUGUUGUUUUACAGGCCGUAUCUGUUAAAUUAAUUUCUACCACCAGGUACAUCAUAAUGAAUUUCUCUACGCUGUCCUUUGAGAUCUGUUGCAAAUAUUAUUUCUUAUUCUGUAUAGUUCUGCUGGGUUCACAAAAAUGGUUUAGGGGACCGUUGCCAAUGACCAAGUUGUAUAUAAAAAAGUGUCRGUGUAAGGGUUUUUUUCUUUACACUUUCAGACCCUACUGUGAAGGACAAAUUUUUUAUUUCGUAAUUGGGCACUUAAUUCAUUCAACAUAAAUCAUUUAACUUGUUCAUUGCUGUUACAAAAAGCUSACCAACGUAUUGUGCAUUAGUGCUGAUUUGGGAGCUCUGUGUUUGCAUGGUGCCAAUCACUGAUAAGUUUAUGUGAAAAUACAAACAAAAAGGAUGUGUAAUUUUUUUGCACUUUACCCAUAAACUUAAUCACUUGUGGCCCACGGGAAAUACGAGUUGACAAAAGGUCUCCUGUAAGAUGGUGAACGUUGCUAGACAAUACCACGAGCGGUACCGUGUUCUGCACUGAGCUGUGUGAGUAAAUUGUCAGAAUUAAGGAUCUAAAUAAUAUUGUUGCCACCAAGACAACACUGUGCAACUAUUCUGUUACUUAUAUUGCCUAUCUGUUUGUACUCUGUUACCACCACCUUGGCACUGACUAUACUCACUAUAUCCAGUAUUAAUUUUGGUCGUCAUGAGGCCACCUGACACUUUAUUAUAGCAAACUUGGCACAUGGAUUUUACUCUUUAUUUAUUUGAUUUUUUUUUUAAAGAACAUUGCUUCUACCAGAAUCUCUAUCCGCAUGUACAAAUAUUACAGAAUAUAAUUGCAAAAUCCUAUUUGCCUAACUGUAGGGGUAGCUUGGGAAAAUAAAUAAGACUUGCCGUGUGCCCGGGUAAGGGACUUCUGACCAGAGAGACUUCACAGUUCUGGGCGAGUUACUGAGAAUAUCCUGUUGCCAGCACUCACUCACUCACCCACUCUCUGUCUUGGUGUUAGGGUUUAGCUGUUUCUAAAUGCUGUGUUAGAAAGUGAAUCUCAGGGUCUGGGUCAUCUUGGGGUUUUCACCAGUGGUGACUUGCAUCUGCUGGUAGGCUGGGAGCUAGUACACUCGGAGAUAAUGAGCUUCGAUUAAAGCAUUUUCACAAGUUUUAGACAUUACUGUACAAUUGUACUGAUAUAGUAGGAUGAUGCACAUUUAAAAUAUUAGGUAAGUAUAUUAGUGACCAACAAUUAGAUUGUGAACAGUUAGAGAAUCCAAGUGACCAAAAAUCAAAUGUAGUUCUGGUUGAUUUGCCAUCAUUGAAUUUCUGUCCCAAAUCCCUUUUGUAGCGAAUUCUAAGACAUCUGUGGUGGUUUUAACAUCUGUGGUGGUUUGACUUUGCUUUUAGGGCAGAAGAAAAUAAAACUUUCAGGAGAAUUGGGGUCUAGCUACCAAGAGCAGGAACAAAGUCGCACCUUAAUGUAGAGGAUACUGGGUGGUUUUUGCUUGUAGCUGCAGAGUGUUUGAUUGGACGCACUCUUAGAUAAGCUGCUUGCUUUUGUUGUGAUAAGGGAAGAUGGAGAUGUGGCCAAACAGUUAAGUAUGGAAAUAUAGAGAUUUGAGAUUUUAUGCGCAUAGCAAACAUAGGUGUGCUAUUUGUAUCACUCAAAACAUACCCUGUACUGUAUCUUGAGUGUUUGGUGGAUGGUGGAAGCUUUAGGGGCUGUUUUGUGCCUAAUUUUGAGGUGCCUGUUUGAAAUCUUGGAAGGGCGGAGGUGCUACCUAGGAAGCUUAUUGCUCAGUAGGAAAUCUGCCUCCUACCCAGUGGGUUCAUCCUUCUUUUCAUUACCAGAGAACUUGGUGUGGAAACCGCUGAUCAGCAGGCUAUCCAUAAUUUUGUUUGUGAUUUUACAAAUGCCGAAAGAAUUUGAAUUCCCUUCAAGAAAAGCUGAAAUGGUGGAAAUGGAGCUUUUGGGCAAGGUAUAACGGCAGGUUGAAACAUCAGGAAAAAAAUGGUUAGGCAAGGAGUUGAACACCACUAGGCGCAGACUUGAAUGGUCUUCAGCUUUCCCACAAAGCAGCAGCUGGUCCUUGAUGCCUGUAUUCAUGAAUUGUUUAACAUUGGUAUUUUCUUUUAGCUUGCCCAGAAGCACCACGUUUAAGCACCUUAGAAACAUUUUGCACAAAAGCAGUUGUAAGCAGCUGAAGAUACGACUAAGUUCUUCUCAUCGUGCAGAACAGAGGUGGUAAGAGGAAAAAUGCACAAACAGGGUGGAACGUCUGAUUAUGAGCACAGAACUCAAAGCAUUUUCUGUGACAUUAUCCCUGCUGGGUUUUAUAUCAUUAUUAGCCUCUAGUGUAAGUGCUUCUCCUGGAGCAAAAAUAAGGUUUCGGUGACUGUAACAUUACAGAUUUUUGUCUUAUCACAACAAUAUGGUCAAACAUCUUUGUUUUCUCUAAAGAGACCAGUGUACCGGGCACGCCACUCUURAUGCUUAAUCUGGGGGGAAAGGUUCAUUUGCUGCAAGUAUCUCAGCAUAUCAAUCUUGGAAUAUUUUGGAUAUACAGGAAUACAGAAGAGUUCUACCAUGGUUUGCAGGUUGCUGUUACUCUAGUGUUUAACGAUCACCUCGUUCUUACUUCUUUUGCAAUUCCAUUCGUAUUUCCUGUAUAUUUCAUUUGUUUCCUAGAUGUUUUUCAAUCGGGUGAUUAUAUAAAAAGUAGCAAGAUCUGCUCCCGAGUAAUCGGCUGGGCACUUGAAACAACAUUGUGUUUAUUUAAGUGUGCUCUUGGCUGGAGCAAAAGGUUAGUGUAAUUUGUUUCCUUUUUGUUAUGGUCUCUGCACAAUUACAGACUCCAAACUAGUUACCAUGUUACUAUAAUAAUGAUGUUGAAUAAGUAAUAAUGUGACUUUUAGAGGUUUGCAGAGAAAUGGGGAAGGCAGCUUCUCAGUUCUCAGGCAGCUCCUCCAAGUAAUUACUCUGACAUYGAUGAGCUGGAGCCAGCAGCUGCUGCUUUUGAUCACUGUGAAUGCUACAGUUAKGUUCAAAUACCCUUUUUCUUUUUUUCCUCCUUUCUCCCCCCCUCCCCCUUUUUUUCAGUAAAAAGUAAGGAAUCUCUUGUAUUGCUGUAUUAAACUCCAAAGUUCUACUGUGGCACUAGCAGAAGCCAGGGAAGCUUCCUAAAGACUGUCCAAAUUGGAGAGCGGAGAGCAUUAGCAGGGUGAUUUAAGCUCCCUUUUGUGCUUUUGGUGGCCUGAAUGCUGCUGUUGGUGGUUCUGUAUUUUAUUCUUCUCCAUUAAGCCUGGAAGUAGUAAAUUCUUUCUGCCCACACCAAGAGGCCGGGGCGAGGGUGGUCCAAGCGUGCUGUGGUUGCAUGGCUUCAAUGCUCACUUGAGUUCAGAGAGAGCAUCCAAACCCUCCAGGCCCAGGUCAGUUACGUCAAAUUAAGUCUUCCGUAUUUUAAUCAUUAUCUAACGCUUAGGCUCUAUAUAUGUGUUGAAGAAAAUGAUCAAAAUAUCAAAAAGAUUUGCUGGCAAAUCUUGACAAUUGGGAAUGGCUUGCGGCAUACCUAUAAGUAGGUCAUCUCCAGUGAUGGGUGGCUGCUCUUCCCUCUGUCCUCAAGUUAUAUUGAAAAGUUAAGGGUGGAGUUUAAGUUUAAGAAAAUCACCAUAAUUAUGCGGRUCUGUAUCCAUGAAAUCAGGCUGAUCAGUAUGCGGUUUUAUGUACUUCUGUAGCACUUGAUUUUUUCAGUCCUAUCUAGAAUUGAAAGUUUGUGAAUAUGUGUGUGAGAGAAAGCAGGRCGGCAGGAGCAGACUUGUCUCUCAAAGCUUCCUGAAGGCAUCCAAAGCCAUAGGGGGGAUGAAGUCCUCAUGUAUGUUAUGGGAACUUGAAAAAAGCCUCUCAAAAUUUGUUCAAAAAUGUUCUUAGGCRCUAAUCUCUAUUGGUAAGAUGCAUACACUGUUGUGGGUAACAUGCGACCCUUUCUCAUUAGCACCUCCUUAGCGAAGCUCAUUCUGAAUCCUGCUCGUCCCUACUUCAGUGUGGGGUUUUUUUGCUGUGUGUGGUGUUCAGGUUUUAUUUUACUUUAUUUUUUUCAAACAUUGACUCUGCCAAAUUGUUUUCUUAACUUUAACAAACCUGCAUUUUUCCUUUGGGACUGUAAGGAUGAACGCAAAGUAAGAAAAAAGCCCAUGUGCAGCUAGAGCUGAGUGGAAUGAUGCGUAACUUACCUAACCCGAGUCCCCCCAGAUUAAUCAAUUCCUGGUUUCCUCGAGGUU